CCUCGGCCGCACUGCGCCGCCCGCCGCCCGCCAGCCGCCGGUGCCGGCACCGCCGCCCAGCGAUCCGGCCUCGGCGGCUCAGAGCGCGGCUGCGGCGGGCGCGGGCGGCGGCGGCUUCCUUUUGGCCGCCCGUCGUGGGGGCCUCCGCCUGAUCGCCCGCGUGGGGACAGCGCGUGCUCCUGCCCGCAGCGCAGACAGGGGCGCCCGGCCCGGGCCCCUCUGCCCCUAAUGGAGCUCUGGUGCUGACAGGCAGCAAACUUGUUUGUGGAUGAAGGGCCCGGGCCACUCCCCACUCACUGUUGGGGCGCACUACCACACUGCCAGCCACAACCAGCCGCAGUCCACCCCGUUUUCACAGACGAGGAAGCUGAGGUUCGGCGAGGGAAAGUGAAAUACCCACAUCCACAGACCCAAGCGAUUGGUUGCGCUGCAGGAACCAGGUUGGUCAGGACCCAUGCCUUGAGGUCGUGAGGCUCCCUGCUGCCACCAUGCCGUGGGACUCGCGACCCUGGGCGGGCGCUGACAGCGGGCCGGAAGGCGCGGGCGCGGCGCGCUCGCGGGCGCAGAAGCAGUGCCGGAAGUCGUCCUUCGCCUUCUACCAGGCGGUGCGUGACCUGCUGCCCGUAUGGCUGUUGGAGGACAUGCGCGCCAGCGAGGCCUUCCACUGGGACGAGCGCGGGCGCGCCUCCGCCUAUUCGCCGUCGGAGGCGCUGCUCUACGCGCUCGUGCACGACCACCAGGCCUACGCGCACUACCUGCUGGCCACGUUCCCGCGGCGCGCGCUCGCGCCACCCAGCGCGGGCUUCCGCUGCUGCGCCGCGCCUGGGCCGCACGUGGCGCUGGCGGUGCGCUACAAUCGCGUGGGCAUCCUGCGCAGCAUCCUGCGUACCGUGCGCGACUUCCCGGCUGAGGAGCGUGCGCGCCUGCUCGACCGGCGAGGCUGCAGCCGCGUGGAGGGCGGUGGCACGUCGUUGCACGUGGCCUGCGAGCUGGCGCGCCCCGAGUGCCUGUUCCUGCUGCUGGGCCACGGCGCGUCGCCGGGCCUGCGCGACGGCGGGGGCCUUACACCACUCGAGCUACUGUUGCGCCAGCUGGGCCGCGACGCCGGCUCGGUCCCUGCUGCUGCUGCUGCUGCUGCUGCUGCUGAGGCCUCCUCCGCCGCCACCACCACCACCACCGUGCCUGGUGAGCUUCGCCAGCGCCGCCUGCUGCUGCUGGACCUGCUGGUGCUGUACACCCCCGCGGGCGCCGCCGGCCCGGCUCGCCGAGAGCUGCUGGGUGACCAGCCGCGCUGGCGGCGGCUACUGGGUGAGGACAAGUUCCAGUGGCUGGCGGGGUUGGCGCCGCCCUCGCUUUUCACACGCGCCAUGCAGGUGCUGGUCACUGCCAUCUCUCCCGGCCGAUUCCCCGAGGCCCUGGAUGAGCUGCCGCUGCCACCCUUUCUACAGCCCUUGGACCUCACGGGCAAGGGCUAGACUCGGAGGACAGAACUGGUUUUUCAGAGCAUAGUACCUGGCACUUUACAUAUAUUGAUCUGUGUACGGAAGAAUCUGCCUUGUUUGUCGCAUGCUCUCGGGCUGGGCUGGGAUAUCAGGCAGGUUCCAAAGCCUCAGGUUUUCUGGGUGCGGCUGGGCGCAGCGCCCCAUGCUCCAGCCAGAGGGACUCCGAGGGGUUGAGCACCAUCUCACUGCCCAAUCGUGGAAAGGGGUGAAGACUAGCCUCCCACCUUGAUCUGAAGCCUCUGGGAGCUAUGGAUGGUGGUGGUGGUGGUAUGGGGGGGCUGGUAGGUGGUGUGGGGAGUGACAGCUGAGCAGAGCAGGAGCGUGGCAAGCAUGGAGUGGGGACUGAUGUGUCCAAGCAGGGGGACAGAAUGUGUACAGGACUACAGGUCCUGUAGUUCUGACAGCCCUCCUGUGCUGUCAGCAUUUAGAGGCUGUGAACUCUGCGGCUUGGACCUGAUCCUGUAGUGCAGGGAGAAGUAGGGCUGGGCAGGCCAGUCCAGGCCGGCUGGAAUUGGGGAAACAUAUACAUAUGAUCCAGGCUGGGCCUCCUUGUAUCUCCACCCUCUACUGGCCACAGCCACUUAGGUAUCACUAUGGCUCCUAGCCAGGUCUGCAUUUGUCACGGUCACCCCCUCUUAGUUUUUCACCCACAACUAGCAGGUGCCAGGUUCUAGAGCUCCUGUUCCUGUCAGCUCUGUCAUUGCAUCUGCUUUGGCCCUACAGCUGGGGCCCCCAGUAGCCAGUGUGCCCCUCACCAGGGUUAGGUGGCCUUUCUCUGGGCCUGCCCUCCUCUGGCCUGCCCAUAGAGUGUUAGGUGGUGCCUGUGGAGACAAGAGGCAGGCUUCUUGCCCAGCCUGGAUAGCUGGUUUUGGCUGGAAGGUUCUGAAGAUGGAGACUUGUUAAUGAACAUACCACCAUCCUUCAGGACAAAGGGACCCUCCCUGGCUGCGAAGUAAGCCUCAGGACCAGGGAGGAUGGUCAGGCUGCCCUGCCCAGGAAUUCUGCUGCUCUGUGAAAUUUAACCUGUGAGGCAUGGGCUGAAGGGCUGUGAUUGUCCUGCCAGGAGCAGAGGGCCAGCUGUCUGCCUGAAGUGGCUAGCCUGGUAGGGGAACCUGCUGCCCACUCUGCACUCAGUGUUCCUGAGGGGAGCGGGCCUGGUGGUGGAAGAGGCUUUGGGUGGUGACUACAGAGUCCAGGGUGGAUUUGUCCAGGGAUGGCCUGGACAAGAGGAAGAUCUUGCCUGGGGACCUGGACCUGCCACUGACUCAGGGAGACCUUGGACAAACCUCUGGGUCUCUGCUUUCCUUUUGUCUUCAAGAGGUUCUGGAAUCUCCACACCAUCUGCAGCCCCGAAGGGAAUGUGAACCCAUUCCAGGGAAGUGUGUGGCAAAGGGGUGCGUGGCCGUAACUGGUCAUUGGUUCCAGUUGAAGUGAGGCCCUACUUCCCUCCUGCUGUGGCCUGGGCCAGUUAAAUAGCCUCUCUGAACCUUGGUUUGGUUCAGUGUGACAAGGAAGUAGCUUGGUGGCACUGGAGUAGUUAUGGGGACUUCUCCCAUAUGGCACAGUGACUGGUCAUCGGGAGGCUCCUGUGCCUCAGAUGGGUAAGAGGAUAGAGGCACCAAGGGCAUUAGCUUCUGAUGGCUCUAAUUGGAGUGGGCAGGAUGUUGAAAACAGGUCCAGAGGGCAGAGGCUGCCCAUCACUCACACAGCGGGCCUGAGUCUUGGCCCAGCUCUUUCUCUGAGUCUCACAGGAUGCCUGACCCCAGCUUCUGCUGGUGGGAGCAGAGAGCCUGGAGCAGUGGCAAAGGCAGAUAAACAGAGCCUGUUAUCGGUGGCUGCUGCUGGGCAGAAGGAGGGUGGGUUGGUUUAUCUGUCUCCUGGGUCCUCUGGUCUCAGGAAGGGCUUUAAGGACUGUGAUGCCAUCCCAGUUGCUGUUACCACUGGGACCUGAGCCUGCAGGAUUCUGCGGGACCGGGGGGGGGUUGGGUGGCACCAAGUCCAGCACCAGUGUCCCUUGGCAGACAGCAGCUUUGAUGGCUUCUCAAAGGCAUGCACUGUGCUCUGGACAAGUCUCCGCCUCUGGGACAGCAAGAUGGUGGUUUUGUUCAGUUCAUGAACAAAUUUUGCCAAUUUGCUUCCCCCAUGUCCACCGAGGGCCCAGUGUUCCCAAGGGCCUUGAAUAGCUCCAGGUAAGAGUUCAGAGGCUAGGAUCUCUGUACCCAUUGUCCAUUAGGGAAGACAGAUGAGGCUAGGCCAUUGUUGGGCUCAUCGGAACCAAGCUCUGAGAAUCUAUCCCCUCCCCAAGGUGUGCAGACCUUAUGCCCAGGCCUCAAAAGGGCCUAUGAAAGACUGCUGUUGGGGUGGCCCGGCACCUGGCUGCUGUGGCUCUCACCUCCACCUGGGUCUUUUUGGCACACUAUAUCUGCUGUUGCCUUGACUUUCCUACUAUGACUUUUCCCUUCCUGUUUGUUCGCAGCCAGCAGUUUCUUAAGUUACCUCAAAUCCUGUCCAGACAAGGAUGCUUUCUGAAUCAGGAAGCAGGGAACAUGCUUGGUCUCAGGAAGGCUACUCCAUGUUUGAACUGUUUGAAGAGCAGCUAAUUGCAGCUGGGCAUGGUGGUUCAUGCCUGUGAUCCCAGUACUUGGGAGCCUUGUACAGGAAGACAGCUCAGGGCUAGCCCGGGCUAAACAAACUAAAGCCAAAGGUAAUUGGUCACAGCAUCCUAUCCCUCUGCAGUAGGGAUAGGACCAGCGCUGCUGAUCCUUUAAAAAUGCAAGGUAUGAUUUACAUGCAGUAAAACACAAAGGUGUUAGUGCAUAGCUUAAGUCAUGACUCACGUCUACCUGUGUGUAACCAUUACCCCAGUCAAGGUAGAGGUGAAGAUUUCUACAAAUGGAUUUUUUGCUUGCAAAAUUCAAGUAGAGCACUUGGGUUAUAUGGAGAAGUCCACGGCAGGUGAGGUGGGCCAAGCAGGAGGCACCAGCUACACUGCUUGCUGUGUGCAGCUCCAGGAGUUGGCCCAGACCUCUUCACGGGUUCAGUGCAUAUACAGAAAGAUUUCUUUUUUGGGUGGGGAUUAAACCUAGGACCUCGCACAUGCUAGGCAAGUGUUCUACCACUUGAGCCACACCAAAAACCCCAGUGGUUUUGCUUUUAAGAUGGUCUCAGUACCUUUUUGGCCUGGAACUCCUGAUCCUCUAGUCUCCACCUCCCAAGUAAUGGGAUGAUAGGUGUGUACCACCAUACCCAGCUUUGAACACAUUUUUUCUAUGUGUUUUACAUAUGUAUGAAAUCAGAUCACUUACACAAUUACUAUUUUUUUUUGUGGUACUGGGGCUUGAACUCGGCCUACACCUUGAGACACUCCACCAGCCCUAUUUUUGUGAAGGGUUUUUUCAAGAUAGGGU